AUGGUUACCACGGCUGCAAUGCAGAAAUACACAAACCCCAUGAAUCCAAGCGUAGUUGGUGUUGAUGUGUUGGACAGACACAUCGAUCCCUCUGGAAAGCCACACAGCCACAGGCUCCUCAGCACAGAGUGGGGCCUGCCCUCCAUUGUGAAGUCGCUUAUUAGUGCAGCAAGAACGAAAAUAUACAUGCUGGAGCAUUCUGUAGUUGGCCCAAUAAAAACCAUCAUGGAGCUCAAGUCCUCCAGCAUCUCAUUUACAUAUAUGGUCUCUGUUGACGAGAGGCUUACAUACAAGCCGCACCCCCAGCACCCAGAGAAAACUGUCCUGACCCAGGAAGCCAUCAUCACCGUGCAAGGGGUCAGCCUCAGCAGCCACCUUGAAGGACUCAUGGCAAGCCCCAUAUCUUCCAACUCUAACAAAGGUUGA